GUUGCAUCUCACCAUGCUGCCACUUCACGCUGGUUCGGCACUAACUCAGCAUUACUAUCCUGCUGGUCAUGGCCACCUUCUCCCUCCUGCCGACUGAACUGGUCGAAUUCAUCGCAUCCUACUUGGCACAACAGGACCUGUCCGCACUGUCUCGAGUCAACAGAAGCCUAGCAACAUUGGUCAUACCAUACCUGUAUCGUCACAUCGACCUAGUUAUACAUCCAGGCGAGAAGAUGCCGCGCAUUGACAGGUUCUGUCUGAACAUUCUGAACGACGGUCGGCGCGCGGCACGGGUUGAGACACUACACCUUGGUCCGUCCUCCGAAGAUGGAGUCAAAGAAGGCCAGCGCUGGCUUCCGCAGGACAAGCACUUCAAUGAUGAGGCGAUGUACCAAAAGGCUAUGACUGCUCUGAGCGACGAGACGUUGAUCACCAGCGGAGACUAUCUAAGAGACGCUGUCACCCAGCGAGAAUACUCUGCAUAUGCAACACUAAUCAUACUGACUCUACCAGCAUUGCAGCAGCUUAACAUAGCAGACUUCACGUAUUCGACCAUGGAUCGUCUCCAUGCUGUAUUUCGCAAUCUUAAUACCGAACAAGCUUGGAACCAACGCCAUGCGUCGCCAGCCUUAUUAGAACGACUCUCUUUCAUCAAGGCAGCGUCGUGCAACGUUGACAGAAGAUCUGGACUUCCGUAUCUAGAUGAGAAAGGACGCGUCUAUCUCGACCAGGUCCUCAAUUUGCCUGGACUCGAGAAGUUGGAGUUCUCGGUGACCGACACCCAAGCAGAGAUGAGCAGAGCCCCCAAUCCUGGUGGAAUGGCACAUUGGCCAAGUCGACUACUUGUCACCUAUGUGCGACCGACCAAUAUCACGAAAUUGGUGAUCAGACAUUCAACGUCGUGUGCCCUCGCUGUGCGCCCGUUACUUACUUGCACUCCGCAGCUUCGAUCCUUUACAUGGGACAUUGCUUACGAUUGCCAUGAUCGCAACGAAGCGCCAGAACGAUGGAUCGACCUCGACGCCUGGAAUACGUCACUGAGUGCCUCCAAAGAUACUCUCGAAGUGCUAGUGUUUGCGGUCGAGUACUUUGAUUCAGGGAAGUACGCAUUUGAGCAGCCGAGAAUUGGUGUCCGACAGUUUGGCUUCCUCGACCUGACCAGCUUCGAGCACUUGCAUACAGUGGAGGUUCCCAUACCAUUUUUGACCGGCGAUGUCGAGUUCUCAAUCACUGCCGACAUCUAUCCGCUUCUACCUCCCUACCUGCGGCAUCUUUCUCUUCGGCUUGAUCUUUCACACGCGCAGUUGUCUUACCAACUAGACACGUCGAUCCUUCCUCAAGGGUUGACUUUACAACAGUCCCAAGCUGAGGCACGAUGCGCGAUGAGCGCACAAAUGGACUUGUCCUACGCCUACCAUGCAACCCUCGCGUUGCUCGAUCAUGCACUAGCCUUGGAAAGCAUUUCCAUCUGGCAGCCUGCAGACCCUACCCUGAGUUGGUUUGAUGGACAAAUUUCUGACUUUGCAACUACGUGCAGGAACAAGUGCCUUACCGGGGUCAUGUUGUUUCCCAUGUUGCUUCGUUGGCGGAAGUCGGAGCACCGAGACCUGGUAAAGGAGGUCAGAUUCGAGUCUUCCAAGGUUGAUCGAUUCGAGCGCCUUUGCAGACAUGAGCGUGGAGGGAUACCAUUAGGAUUGGCGUCGCAGUAUCAUCUCCGCGGAUUACGAUCUCAUCUGGUUCGGAAUCGAUAGAGCCGGACAUCGAUUGCAGAAAGCAAAUCAUUUGUGCCAAAAACUCCUAGCCAGUCGUGGCGAAGCCCUCUCCUUGUGGGUGGAACGGUUACAUCCACACGCGCAGCCUUGGUACCCCACAUCGUUUCCCCAUCUAAUGUGAGACUUGUCAGCUGCACCAAUUGAACGGCAAAUUCGCCAAAACUGCUUCAGCGCUGAUUCGUUGCGGGAGUAGAUUUGAACGCGAAGGAAGCCGACAAUAAAUCUUCUG